AUGGUUCUCGCAAAGCCAGAUAACCAAAACGUGCUUCAAGCAUUCAGCUUGAAAGGCAAAGUGGCAGCUAUAACAGGUGGUUCUCGAGGAAUCGGCCUGGAAGUCUCGAGAGGCCUUGCCGAAGCCGGUGCAGAUGUUGCCGUGAUUUACAACUCCUCCAAGGAUGCAGAAGCAGUUGCGGCGGAGAUAGCAAGCGCAAAUGGCGUCAAGUGCCGUGCAUACCAAGCUGAAGUCAAGGACCAAGAGGCGAUUGAAGCAGUGUUGAAUCAAAUUGCCAAGGACUUUGGGAAGCUGGAUAUUGUCGUCGCAAACGCGGGCAUUGCCUCGCACUAUGCAGCUGAGGACAUAACGGUCGACCAAUGGAGAGAGAUCAUGAAAGUCAACCUGGACGGUGCUUUCUGGACAGCCCAAGCCGCGGGUCGUAUCUUCAAACGACAAGGCUUUGGCAACAUCAUUUUCACCGCCAGCGUCAGUGCGAUCCUGGUGAAUACCCCGCAACGCCAGUCUGUUUACAAUAGCUCAAAAUCUGGUUUGGUGAUGCUGGCCAAAUGUCUAUCUGUUGAAUGGGUUGACUUUUGCCGAGUCAAUUGUGUAUCUCCGGGCUUCAUCGCAACUGAUAUGCUAUCAGUUCACCCUCAGGAGUGGCGCGAUAAGUGGUUUGGCAUGAUCCCAGCUCAAAGAUUGUGUGACCCUUAUGAGCUGAAAGGGGCUUAUGUCUUCCUGGCCAGUGACGCGUCGUCGUAUAUGACCGGAGCGAAUCUGGUGAUCGAUGGCGCUUACUCCUUACCAUGA